CCACUGAACAGGCCAGCUCUUCUUCAGAAUGGCGUCUUCUAGACUUUUGAGCAUCCUGGUCUUAUCCGCCUUUCUAGUGAAUGUCCAGGGUUUCAGUGACUGGAUCUUUCCCAGGAGAUGCCCCAGAAUCCAAGAGAAAUGUGAAUUCAAAGAAAGGGAUGAAUGUACGAAGGACAGACAAUGUCUGGACAACAAGAAGUGUUGCAUCUUCAGCUGUGGAAAAAAGUGUUUAGACCUCCACCAAGACAUAUGUGAUAUGCCCAAAGAAACUGGCCCCUGCAUGGCCUUUUUUCAUCGUUGGUGGUAUGACAAGGAAAAGGGUACCUGCUCCAGGUUCAUCUAUGGUGGCUGCAAAGGAAACAAUAACAACUUCCAAACCAAAGACAUGUGCCAGAACAUGUGCUCCAAAAAACGCUUAUAAUCCUCAUUGCAUUAAGGAUGUACCUGAACAACCACCAGGAUUUGGCUCAUGAUCCAAGGCUCUGUCUGUGUGCCUGACCAAUGGUCCACGCUGGUUUCCACUGUUCUACUCUCACAUUCCAAGACCUCAGCUCUUCCCUUUACAGAGCCCCAGGAUCUGCAUUCGCCUUCCUCUAUCUCAGACUCUUAAACAUGGUAUCAUUCUGUUUUGACCCAUCUCUAUGCUUCUUUUCUUUAUGUCCAAUGUCUAGAGCCCCCUGCAUAGCUCCCAAUUUACCCCAAUAAAGUAAUUUGUGUAGUCCUGUG